ACUUCUAUCCAGCUCCUACAGAGGUUCUACGAUCCCCUCCAGGGGACAGUGCUAUUUGAUAACAUUGAUCUAAAAUGUUUAAACGUGCAAUGGCUGCGAUCCCAAAUCGGUAUUGUGUCCCAGGAACCUGUGCUGUUUGAUUGUAGCAUUGCUGAGAACAUCGCCUAUGGGGAUAACUCCCGUCUGGUCUCCAUGGAGGAAAUACAGCGGGCCGCCAAAGCAGCCAAUAUUCAUUCUUUUAUAGAAGAAUUACCCGAGAAAUAUGGCACACGAGUUGGAGACAAAGGAACUCAGCUGUCAGGAGGUCAAAAGCAGAGGAUAGCCAUAGCCCGGGCACUUAUCUGCUCCCCAAAACUAUUACUGCUGGAUGAGGCCACCUCAGCCCUGGACAACGAAAGUGAAAAGGUUGUACAACAAGCUCUCGAUCAAGCCAGGAAAGGAAGGACUUGCAUCAUGAUUGCCCACAGACUGUCCACAGUCCAGAAUGCUGACCUUAUUGUCGUCAUGAAGAACGGCAGGAUAAUAGAACAUGGAAGCCAUCAACAGCUUCUGUCAAACCGAGGGGCAUAUUACCAAUUAGUAACCGCACAAACAAUAACUUAG